CCGAGACCCAGCCUGCCACGUCUGCCACCACUGCCAGGCCCCCAGAGCUCCAGCCCCAGAGCCCGUGAGUCCAGAAGGGAAGGGAAGGCCCCCCUCCAGGCACCCGCCCUACUGAGCGUGCCAGGCCUCUGCCCCGGCAUCAUUUCUCCCUCUGCACUGUACUUCUUGGGGUGGGGGGAUGGUGUCUCUCUGCCUUGAUCUGCGCCUCCAGCAGCUGCCCCCCAACCUCUGUGUCCUCCAACCCCACCUUCCGUCACUGAGUCCAACCCUCCAGCCCCACUCCCGCUGGCCAGGGCAGCUAAGGGCACUGGCCCUUCCAGUGACCAGCCCUGCCCUGCUCUGUCUCACCGUUCUUCAAAGGGGCAGGGGUUCAGCAGGGUGGGGGCCAGAGUGAUGUCCCAGGCUGAGCCCCAUACUGCACCCCAGGUAGCCUUCAAAGGGCUCACAUCACCCUGGGGUGGUUACUGAAUGGAGACUGGCACCCUUUACCCUCCCACCCCAAGUUGCUGGGCCCCAAGUCUCAGGUGGGCAAGAAGGAAAACAUUCUCCAAACUGCACCUACGAGGUCCCGUGGCUGACUUAAACAGAGCCAGCCUGUAGCUUGCCCUGGGCAAUGCCUUCCCGGCAACUUGGCUGUGAGAGGUUCUAACAGGGAUUAGGCCCCUGCAAGGCCACCCUCCAUACCAAAGAUUUAUUUUAAAAGUUUGGAGGUUGGGAUGCUGUGUGAGCCAAGGGAUUCCUCACACCUGGUUGUUUAUCCCUGGGGGGAGCCGGAGCAGGCAUGGGGGAGAGAGAGGGCAUGAACCAGCCCUAAGUCUCCCCAUGGAGUGAUUUGGCCCCUUGUCCCUCCUUGUUCCCGGAAGGACCUGGGGCCUGCCCUCCCCGCCUCCAGGCCAUGAUGAUCCUGCAAUUAAUCAUGUUUGCUCUGGUGACAGGUACGGUGGAGAAUGGGGGUGGGCAGGGGUCUCCCUCUCGAAUCUCUAGGAUUCCCAACCCUCUAUGGCUAUGGUCCUCCUCCCCCAUUUCCGGGAGUCGUCUCAUGCCUGAGCCCCCUCUUUUGCCCUCACCCUCUCUAGGGCAUGUAGGGGGAGAGACCAGGAUCAACAAAGGCUAUGAGUGCUCUCCUCAUUCCCAGCCGCCCUGGCAGGCGGCUUUGUUCCAGAAGACACGGCUGCUCUGUGGGGCGACCCUCAUCGCCCUCAAAUGGCUCCUGACAGCAGCCCACUGCCACAAGCCAUGGGUCUGAUGUGUAGCUCAUCUGGGAGAACACAACCUCCAGUGACGGGAUGGCUGUGAGCGCACCCGAGCAGCCACUGAGUCCUUCCCCCACCCAGACUUCAACAGCAGCCUGCCCAACAAAGCCCGCUGCCACGACAUCAUGCUGCUGAAAAUGGCGGCCCCAGCCUUCAUCAUCUGGGUUGUGCGACACAGUGUGUCAUCACACUGUGUCACUGCUGGCACCCGCUGCCUCAUUUCCGACUGGGGCACCACGUCCAGCCCCCCGUUGCACCUUCCCCAUACCUGGCAAUGUGCCAACGUCACCAUCCUCCAGCACAAGGGGUGUGAGGACGCCUACCCUGGGGACAUCCCGGACACCAUGGGAUACGCCAGCGUUCGAGAAGAGGGCAAGGACUUCUGCCAGGGCGAUUCUGGGGGCCCACUGGUCUAUAAUUGGUCUCUUCAAGGCAUCAUCUCCUGGGGCCAGGAUCCAUGUGCUGUCAGCAGAAAGCCCAGGGUUUACACAAAGGUCUGCAAAUAUGUGGACUGGAUCCCGAAGACUAUAGAGAACAAUUAGCCAGGACCAGAUCAUCACGGCCCGAUCCCCUGACCCCUACUUGGUGCUGUGGUACCUGUUCAUUCUGUUAAUAAUGAAGCCCGAGCCAGGGCCCCUUUAUGUACUUUGCUGGGGGCCUUCUUGACUAUGAGAGAUGCUGUACUUUAAUAAUCAAUUUGGAGUUUGGAGUUAGGAGACCUGGUUCUACUCCUGCCUCAUACUAACUUGUGACUCUGGGAGUGAAAAUACUUGUUUGGUUCACUGUUGUACCUCCCGUCUCAAACACAAUUCCUGGCACACACCAAGGUUUCACUAAAUAUUUACUAGGGCUUCCCUGGUGGCGCAGUGGUUGAGAAUCUGCCUGCCAAUGCAGGGGACACGGGUUCGAGCCCUGGUCCGGGAAGAUCCCACAUGCCGCGGAGCAACUAGGCCCGUGAGCCACAAUUACUGAGCCUGCGCGUCUGGAGCCUGUGCUCUGCAACAAGAGAGGCUGCGAUAGUGAGAGGCCCGCGCACCGCGAUGAAGAGUGGCCCCCGCUCGCCGCAACUAGAGAAAGCCCUCGCACAGAAACGAAGACCCAACACAGCCAAAAAUAAAUAAACAAAUAAAUAAAUAACAAUUAAAAAAAUAAAUAAAGAAUCUGCCUGCCAAUGCAGGGGGCACGGGUUUGAGCCCGGGUUCGAGCCCUGGUCCGAGAAGAUCCCACAUGCUGUGGAGCAACUAAGCCCGUGCGACACAACCACUGAAGCCCGCAUGCCACAACUACUGAAACGGGCGCACCUAGAGAGAGAAGCCACCGCAACGAGAAGCCCGCACACCACAGUGAAGAGUAGACCCUGCUUGCCGCAACUGGAAAAAGCCCGCGUGCAGCAAUGAAGACCCAA